GAUAGCUGGCGACCUGACCCUGUGAGCGACGGGGCGGUGCCUGCCGAGGCAGUCGGCUUUGUUCAGAACUUGGAGCGUCGAGACUUGGCCAUCCGCAAGUUGCAGGACCUCCUUUCCAACAGACACUUCACGCAGUGCUGGAGGGUGCACGACGGCGGGAACGGCGCUUUUCUACCAGGGCCAAAGAUUCCGUAUUUACAGUAUGCAGUCCGCGCGGCCGACUAUCGCAUUGUUUGCCUGAAACAGAGCAUUUCUGAUCUGCACGGGAUUUUAAAGGAGCCAACUUUUGACAUCGAUGACAUCUCGAGAUCUCUCGACAAGUUGAGUAACAAUCUGUACUGGACGGAAGAGCUUCAGGUUGCCCUCCGAUUGGUCAGUGCCGGCAUAGAAGAGAUUGAAGCAGCCAGAAGCCAAGAUUUUGAAUCAGGCGUACAGUACGAGGUUUUGAAAGAUGUGUUGGGAUCUCGUCCUGAACAUCGGUACGACUCCCGUUACCUUUGGAAUUAUGGUUCAGUUUGUAAUAAGAAAACCUUCACGGUGGCCGGAGCUACGAGCUUGCUGAACGGAACCCAGCUUAUGUUGGAAGUGCAUCGGGACGAUGUGACACAGCUUCUUAGAACCUACGAGGGCUUGGCUGCGAAAUGA